GCGUCUCUCCUGGUUAGAUCUCCCCGGGCCGGAUGGAGACAGCACAGGAGCGUCCCUCCCUCCUGUCGGCACGGGAGCGUCCCUCCCUCCUGUCGGCACGGGAGCGUCCCUCCCUCCUGUCGGCACGGGAGCGUCCCUCCCUCCUGUGCGCGCUGAAGGAGAGGAGGAUGUCCCAGACCAGCCGGCUCCGGAUGAGAUGGAGAGCCUUUACGUCCACCUGAAGGCGGCCAGCUUGUCUCUGAUUGGACGGUCCGGUCAGAGGGACUUCAGGGCGUCGUUUGCCAGACGAUGUAAGAACGACAAAGUCAACGAGAAGCUUCACCUGCUCAGGAUCCUCAGCAGCACGUUAAAGGCGAAACAGUCGGAGCUGCUGGCGGUGGAGCAGAUCCUGACCGACCCGACUCUCACCCCGCCAACGUACAGAAAGUGGAGGAUCUCCAACUCCGUCUUACUGCAGGAGAUCAGGCAAAGAAACCAGGCAGCAGGGGGCGCCGUGGAGCGGAGACCUCCUGAUCAGCGCUCUGUGACCUGAUGACAAGAGGUGCAGUCAGUGGAGACUGCAGACCAGCAAAGAGCAAGACCGCGUUUGGCGGGUCCUCCACGAGAUUUGGAAUACCCUCCCAUCAGAAAUAAAAAUCAUGAACUGACUCCAAAGCUUUGGUUAACAAGGCGCAACUAUAUGGAGAUAGAAUUGUCUCAUACAUAUCCAAAUGAUGUGUAGAAAUAUACAAAUAUAAAAACGUGACACACAAAUAAAUAAGCUAAUUUGCAUAAAUAAACGUGCAUUUGUAAAUCUAUUUUCGAGAUUUGAGAAUAAAUAUUCUCGACUUUG